AUGGGAAGCAAGACACGCAAAAGAGAGCGCGACGCGGAUCAAGUUGAGAAAGUGGACGAGGCACCAGCGAAACGGCGCAGACAGAGCAUUGAAGAUCAGGUGAAGCUCUCGAAGCUUUACGUGGACCUGGCCGCAGAAGAAGAUGACGUCCGCUUUGAAGCCGCCAAACAGAUCAUUGUUAGGUUCUCGCCUGAGAAUAAACCAGCUGCGAAGGAUGUGGAGGUUGCCUUAGUGCGACUGAUAAAAGGCCUGUGCAGCCAGCGCAAAGCUGCUAGGGUUGGGUUUUCACUUACCCUCACGGAAUUCCUACGGCAAACGUUUGGACCCAAGAAGGGCGAGAUUGAAGGCCUGGAGCUCGAUGUUGCGUCCAUUAUCAAAAUGGUGGAGGACAAGACGAAGCCCAAAGGCAAUGUGCCUGGAAAAGAACGAAGAGACCACACUAUUGGAAAACUGUUUGGCUUCAAGGCCAUCAUGCAGUCAUCCAUUCUCACUGAACCAGAGGUCUCAUUGGAUUGCUGGAACAAGCUGCUUGACCAAGUCUACAAGAUGGCGCGCGACAUUCCUUGGCUGCGCGAAGAAUGCGGCAUGGUUCUUGUCGAAGCUGUAAGGAGUCUCAAGGGCCAGUCGCAGUAUCAGAAGUGUGCCGAGGAAGUACUGGAAAGACUCAACGCUUUCAAUCUCAUGUCCACUCCUGAGGGUGUAGCCGUGUGGCUCACAGUCAAAGAAUACUACCCCGAGGCGCUACCAGAGGGCGUCUGGCAUGCCAAGGACCCUCUUUCGAAAAAGGAGCGCUCUCGACUGGCCAAGAUCUUGAAGGAGGACUUCAACAAGAACGAGUCAGAAGAUGGCAAGAAUGAGACUACGAAAACGGGAACUACGAACCCGAACCCUUCUUUUACCUGGGACCUAGCCUUUGCCGAGAUUCUGCGUAGAGACGAGUCAGAAAAUGGAAAUGCUCAGUACAAGCCAGAAUUCCCGCAAUUCUGGAUCGAUACCGUGGACGGCAACCUUUUCUCUUCUUCGGCAUCUCACGAACGGAAAGCCUGGGGAUUCAAGUUACUGAGUAGCUUGAUCACGCGCGUGCCUGACUGGACGGUGCCAGCACUCUUCAGUCCUAAUCUCAUGCGCACUCUGAUCAACCAGAGCAAGAAGGAAGACCGGUUCCUUCACUCGGCUGCGUUAGCAGCGUUGAGUUCAAUCCAGCUUCGAGUUGAGCACGACGACGGAACAGCUCUGCCCAUCUUUGUUGCGCUCACAUCAAAGAAUGGCAGUGUUGAGUUUGACCGCAUCACUAAGACGAAAACACUCGAACAGAUCCUUUUAGCAGCAGACGACAAGAGUUUGAUGAAAAUCGUACGCCAUCUCAAGUCGUCAAUUCUGCGGCCGGAAAGCGAAGACCAGGCGGUUGCUGAUAGCCGUCGCCAAGCCAUUGCGGACCUGCUCUUAAGCACAGUCAAAUUGUAUAAACGAUACGAAAAGUUCAACGAGAAGACAUUCAGGAAAGAGAGAAAAUCAAACUGGCUCCGAGAGACUUUGGAGACGCUAGUAGAGUGUGCCUACUUUGUCCCCGCUCAAAAUGCAGAGACCAAAAAGAUGCCUCUGCCCCCUAUCAGUGAUCGCAGUCGAACAAUGUUCCAGGAGCGGCUGUCUUCAUGUUUGACCAAGCUGCUCGAUGCCAAGCUUGGCGACCGCGCAGAUGUCGCACUCAUGGUCAUUGAUAUGGUUAAAGCUAAAAGUGGCAAGUCUACAAAACUGACGCUUGCCUUCAAGGCAGAUGAUGCGGUUCUUAGCACGAUAAAGCAAGCAUCAAAAACCCUUGACAACAUCUCUGCGGCUGGCUCGAUAGCUGGCAACGAAAUGGCAGCGCAAGGCUUCAUGCUUUUGUACGCUUUGACGCUUCUCCAAGUCUACAACGGCGAAGGCGAUGCUGUGAUGAUGCUCGACGAUCUCGAUGCCUCAUAUAAAGCGUUUGAAGCUUCACGCAAGAGUUCGUCGAAGAAGCAGAAGUCUUCGACGUCGGAUGAUCAGAACGCUUUUGUUGAGAUUGUUCUCUCUUUCUCAGGCAACACACGCACCUUGUUCCGCCGUAUUGGAGAGGAGGCUUUCUCCAUCUUUGCUUCGGAGAUCAGUGCUGACGGAAUCCGGUCACUGACUGAAAUCCUCGAUACCGAAGAGAACCUGGAGGGACAGAAAGAACUUUUCAAUCAGGGUGACGAAGAAAUGGAAGAUGACGGAUCAAGCGACAGGGACGAUGAUGAAGAAGACUCUGAUGUGGAGAUGAUUGAUGGUGAGGGAUCCGAUGACGACGCAGCCUCUGACGUCUCCGACUCCGACUCUAGCGACGGCGACAGUGACAGUGACGAAAGCAGUAACAGUGAAGACGAUGCAGAACUGACAAAGUUUGACAACAUGCUGGCGAUGACUCUUCAAACAUCAAAGCCCAAUGUCGACGGGGAUGUGGCAGAAGAGACGUCAGACGAGUCUGAUAUGGACGACGAACAAAUGAUGGCACUCGACCCACAUCUCAGCAAGAUCUUCAAGGAGAGAAGCAAGACAACGAGUAAAAAGAAGGAGCGAGAGGAUGCCAAGCAAAACGUUGUCCAAUUCAAGUCAAGAGUGCUUGAUCUGCUUGCCAUCUACAUGGACAAGCAAUACUCUAACCCGCUUACUCUGGACAUUCUGCUUCCGGUGCUUCGCCGCACUCGUGCAAGUGCAAACAAGCAGAUAGCCGACAAGGCAGCCAAGAUGCUCAAGACUUUCUUCGACACGCGUACGAAGCGGAAAGGACCUCUGCCAAAGCCAGAGGAUAGCGAGCAUGUGUGGGAGCUGCUGAAAGACAUCCAUGAAGAGGCAAAGCUGGGGAAUGGUGCAAAGGUUCAUGCAGACGCGUGUGGUUCUGCCAGUCUGCACGUUGUCAAGGUGCUUGUUGGACUGGACAAGGCAAACUACGCCGGGGUAGUCGAUGUGUAUGCGGAGACGCAGAAGCAGUGGUUCGCGGACAAGAAGUCACCCCUGCAGCCGGUGCUAUUUACACAGUUUCAAAAUUGGUCUGUGAACGCCCGGCAGCAGGCAAAGCGCCAGUCGUUUCCUACAUCUAAGUGUGGAGGCGAGAUAUCUGUCGGCCGUUCCUGUCGCCUUCACUGCCCCGCUAUUUGCUGCCCCGCGGCGGGGAGCUUCGGUACCCCUAGCGCAGCGUACUUAGCCCGAUGUCAUACCAAACAUUUCCAAGGUCCAAUCCAGCGAGCGGCGGUCGCGACAAUCAACUCCGAUUCCUCUCCUCCACUCAGCUCGCACACAAACAUGGCUUGCAAGCACGUCAACGCGCCUGGUCGGUCUUCCUCUCAGUCUGCCCGAGCAAAGUUAUUAUCCAGCACACAAGGCUUCAAGGCGGCAACGGCCGGACUGCGCCCCCCAGGCCCUAUGCAGUCUGUCUACCGGGAAGACUGUACGCAGUGCUUCGAUUCCAUCGACGACCCUACCGGCCUCGAUGUGUGCCUUUACUGCUUCAACGGAGGCUGUACAAGCGACCGGAACCAUGCUCUCCUGCAUGUAUCGGCCACAACCCACCCGCUCGUGCUCAACAUCAAGCGCACGCGGAAGAGGGUCCAACGCGAUGAGCCUCCGCAAAAGAUGACCAAGCUUGCCGUUGCAGCUGAAACCGAAUCUGACCGCUACGACACUACCACGCAAGUCAAGUGUUACGAGUGCGGCGUUGACGAUGUCGACAAGAGCUCUGGGAAGCUUCCAGACAUUGUCGAUGCGGUCCUCAAGGCAAACACAUUUGCAAAGCAGCAGGAGGUCAAGGCAUGGGAGCAAGAGCUGACAGCUUGCGAGCACACACUGUGCCUGGAGCAAGAUACAGCACGGCAGAUCGAGUCUCAAAAGUUGGGCCACUGCUCAGAGUGCGAGCUGAAUGAGAACCUAUGGCUCUGUCUGUCCUGCGGUAAUCUGGGUUGCGGUCGUCAACAGUUUGGUGGCGUUGGUGGCAACUCGCACGGCGUCGCGCAUACCAAGUCAACUGGCCAUCCAGUCGCAGUUAAACUCGGUUCACUUACGGCCGAUGGUACAGCGGAUAUUUACUGCUAUGCUUGUGAUGAGGAGCGCAUCGACCCAGAGCUGCCUGACCAUUUGGCGCACUGGGGCAUCAACAUCAAGGACAGGGUGAAGACGGAGAAGAGUCUGACUGAGAUGCAAGUCGAGCAGAAUCUCCGAUGGGACUUUGCCAUGGUGACUGAAGAUGGCAAGGAGCUACAGCCAUUGUUUGGAUCAGAAUUGACGGGACUGAAGAACCUGGGCAAUAGCUGCUAUCUCAACAGCACUUUGCAGGCCCUCUUCUCCAUGCCAGAGUUCAAGGAGCGCUACUACUUACCCGAUCAAGCGCCACCUAAUGCAGCGCUUCCUGCAGAAGAUUUAGAAACCCAAUUACGCAAGAUUGCCGAUGGCAUGAUCUCGGGUCGAUAUUCGAAGCCCGACAGCGACGUCAUUACCAACGAGCAUAGCCCGGAAAUCCCGCACCAGCGUGGUCUUGCGCCUGCGAUGCUGAAGCACUUGAUCGGGCGAGGUCACGCAGAAUUCUCCACUAUGCGACAACAAGAUGCUUUUGAAUUGCUUCUCCAUGUACUCAAACUCAUCUCUCGGUCCCAGCACGUUGCACCCCACAAGGACCCCGUCGACGCGUUCCGGUUCGUUAUGGAGCAGCGGCUACAGUGUGUCGGCUGCAAACGCGUUCGGUAUAGAACGGACGAGCAGGAGAACAUUUCGAUCCCUGUCCCUAUUCGCAGGAUCCCCAAAGAAGCACAGAUGGACGUCACUGAUGGCAAUGGUAAAAAGGAAGAGAAGGAAGAGUUUGAGCCCGUUUCACUAAAGGAAUGCCUCGACAUAUUUACAGCCGAAGAAAUGGUUGAGCUUACAUGCAGCGCCUGCGGUAGCAAGGAUGGCUUCACCAAGAGGAGCAUGUUCAAGACUUUCCCGUCAGUUCUGGCUGUGAACGCGAGGCGCUUCGAGCUGGUGAACUGGGUGCCCACGAAGCAGGAUGUACCAGUCAUUGUUGACGAUGAACCGUUUUCCUUUGAUGCCUACAAAUCAAACGGACUCAGCGAGGGCGAGGAACUCCUUCCGGAUGAUGUUGACAUGGGCGCAGCUGGAAGCUCAUCCGGCAAGUGGACGCCCAAUGAAGCGGCACUAUCUAUGCUCGAGGCUAUGGGCUUUCCAAGGGUUAGGUGUGAGAAGGCACUGCAUGCCACUGGAAAUGAAGACGCCGAAGCAGCAUCAAACUGGCUGUUUGCACACAUGGAGGACCCUGAUAUUGACGAUCCUGUCGACUUCAACGCAGGCUCUGGUGGGGGUGCGGCUGCAGCAUCUAUCAUUGACCCUGAGAAGAUUGAGAACCUUGGCGCUAUGGGCUUCAACGCACCUCAGGCACGACAGGCUCUCAAGGAGACCGGUGGCGACAUGGAGCGGGCCGUCGACUGGUUGUUUAGCCACCCAGAUGCACCCGGCGACUUUGACGAGGGCGGUAGCUCCGAUGCCGCUCCCGCUGCCAAUACGACGGAGAAGGCAUUGGCUGGCAGUGACAAGCUGCCUGCGAAGUUUCAGUUGCAGUCGAUUGUAUGCCACAAGGGCAGCUCAAUUCAUGCUGGGCAUUAUGUUGCAUUUGUUCGAAAGCAACUACCAGACCAGCAGUCUGCCUCGUGGGUUUUGUUUAAUGACGAGAAGGUUGCAAAGGCUGCAGACGUGGAGGAAAUGAAGAAGUUUGCCUACGUGUAUUUCUUCCGGCGUUUGUAA